GAGUCGUGGCAAAGCAGGAGAAGAAGAAGGGCCCCCACCUGUUUCAGAAAGUCGAACGGACUGAACGAACUGAACGGGCUGCCUACGCGGAGGGGAAAAACGUCAGUAGUAGGCGCGGCAGUUUUCAGACGCCGCUACCUCAGCGUACACCUAGUUUACAACACGUUAUCUUUUGUUUCUUUAUUCUUUUACAUUUUUCUCCUUUUGGGUUUUUUCGUCUUUUUUUUUUUAUUCCUUUUCAUAGAAAAUUAAAUAUGAAACACAAUAUAAUAGGAAGCUAAAGUUCUAGUAGAGUACGCCCUCCCCCCGCCCGCCCGUCACCCGCUACCCUAACAUUUACAUAUAUAUAUAUAUACAUAUUCGUUAUCGUGACGUUUUUCUCGCCCUCUACAAAAACGACCGCGAUCAAUAUCAACGUUGUACGUUUCUAUUCAUCGAGGCCACUGACUCGUUUCAACCAACAACUACUCUCGUCCAGGUUCAACUCAAGCCUUUAAACAUCUUUCUUUGAAAGAAGCAUCUUCUUCCAGGACAUCGACGACAACGUUAAAAAUCAUUUGUCUCAGGUCCAGGAACGUCUCGAGGACGCACCGGUCCCUGUGGAACCGGUAUGCUCUUCUGUUUGUGACAUCGUUGACGAGGUUUGCCACGAUCUUCAAUUCUACAGAAACGAAUACGCUCGUGAAUUGGUCGUUCUGUUGAGAAACUCCCACUUAAAGGCACUCUUAGAAACUCACGACGCUGUUGUGGAACGUAGAGAAGCUUCAUCGAUCUCAGAAACGAUUCAACCUUUAGUUAUGCCUUCCGACGAGAGAACGGAAGUUAUUAGAGUCGUUGGACUCACUAGACAACCCGACGAACCAUUGGGUUUAACAGUGCAAGUAGACGAAUCUGGUAACUUGAUAAUCGCCAGAAUCCUUGGUGGUAGCACAGCAGCAAGACAAAGACUGUUAAGAACAGGCGAGGUGAUCCUGGAAGUAAAUGGAAAGACUGUUCACAAUCCCGAUGAAUUGCAACAGGCCAUACAGGAGGCUAAAGAAAAUCUCUUUUUAAAAUUGGCCCCUGGAAUUGCCAAUGAUGGCAGUAGACCACUCAAGUCGACGUGUUAUAUGCGAGCCUUGUUCGAUUACGAUCCAUCAGAAGAUACACUUUUACCCUGCAAAGAAAUUGGCUUGCGUUUCGACAAAGGUAAUAUCCUGCAAAUAGUAGAUCAAGCAGAUCCAAAUUGGUGGCAAGCACGAAGGGUCGAAGGUGAAGGCCUAAGUUCAGCUGGUCUCGUACCAUCUUUGGAAUUGGAAGAACGAAGAAAAGCAUUCGUACCACCCGAGGCAGAUUUCGUUCACAAAAUAAGCAUCUGUGGGACUAGAAUUUCGAAGAAAAAGAAAAGGAAAAUGUAUCAGUCGAAAUCCAACGGUGAAUUUGAUAGUGCUGAGUUGCUUCUUUAUGAGGAAGUUGCUAGAAUGCCACCGUUUAGGCGUAAAACUUUGGCAUUGGUUGGACCACGUGGUGUUGGUAGACGAACGUUGAAAAACAGGCUGAUUAAUAGUGAUCGAGAAAAAUUUGGCACGAUCGUACCAUACACAUCUCGUCCUCCCAGAGUUCUCGAGGAAGAUGGAAAAAGUUAUUGGUUUACCGAUAGAGAAAGUAUGGAACAAGAUAUCAGAGAACAUCGGUAUUUGGAAUACGGUGAACAUGGUGGUCAUUUAUACGGAACAAAAUUAGACUCCGUUAGAGAAUUAAUAAGAGCAGGAAAGAUGUGUGUCCUAGAUUGUAGUCCAGCUGCAUUGAAGAUACUUCAUAAUAGUACAGAAUUUAUGCCUUAUGUUAUCUUCAUAGCAGCACCGGGAAUGGAACAAUUAAAGAGUUUGUAUGAUCUUGGAAGGUCUACAGGAGCUAGCAGUAGAAAUUUGACGUUUGACCGGCAGAGUUCGAUAAGGUACAGCUCGAGGAGGGCCAGAACACUAGAAUCCCUUGCAUCUUUAUAUGAGGAAGACGAUUUAAAAUCGACAUUGGAAGAAUCAGCAGCUUUACAAAGGGCCUAUGAAAAAUAUAUCGAUCUCGUGAUCGUCAACGAAGAUUUUGAUCAAACCUUCAGACAAGUUGUUGCAGCGUUAGACGCAUUGGCUACUGAACACCAGUGGGUACCAGUCAAUUGGAUCUAUUAAUUGAAAAACUAUCAACAACAGAUGUAAACAAAGUUUACGUCUUUGUGAACAAAAUCUCUCACGAGUCUCGGAUUAAACGUUUACGAGUGUGAGAAAGAACUAAACAAUUACUGCCGAUAAAUUGCGAUUAUAAAUCGUGAAUUUGAAUAGGCCAUUUAGGAAAAAAUCGAGCUAAGACGUUUACGAUAACAUUCGAACGUUUGAUUAUAAUCGACACGUGAAGCCAGAAAUUGCAGAAUGACAUUUUUUUUUAUUUAUUUAUUCCAAUCAAUUUUUUUUCAUAUCAGACGAAUAUUUACGAUUAUUUUCUUUUAUUAACCCAUUUAGACCUGUAAAUUAAUUGAUUCAUGAAUUUUAUGACAUUUUUGUGGAAUCAAGCACAUCCAUGCCAAAUACUUAAAUAUGAUUCGUGAGAAAGUUGACUACGGGGCCUGGAUAGCUCAAUGGAUAAAGCUGUUGCCCCGAAAGUGAAAGAUUUCUGGGUUCAAAUCGUCCCAGUUCCAAAUUAGUCUAGUGGUUCAAUUUUUUCACGAAUCCUAAAAUUGUGUUAUUAAUAUAAUUAAAAAUAUUUAAAAUCGAUUAGAACAAACACUAGAUAAAUAUUAAAUUUAUGGGGAUUUUUCCGAGAAUCAUGUGUUUCGUACAGAGGAUGUUUCUGGAGUUGUGAUGAAUCUAUUUAGAAAAAAAUAAUUAUUGGUUAAUAAAAAUAGAAUUUUAUAUUAUUUGAAGAUACGAUUUAUUAAUUAAAAUGUUGAUAAUAAAAAGUAUAUGGUGCCAUGAUGUUUGAGUUCCAAAUAUCUGUCAAAAAUGAUUUCGAAUUUUACAGUUUUAUAACUUUUGGGACACCCUCUAUAGCGGUAAAAUAAAUUAAUAUAAAUUUGUUUAAACAGAUUAUACCGUUAUAUGGUAGGCCUAAAUGGGUUAAUACCAAAGAUUAUUAUUCAUCGAUUUUAUUAAUACGUUAUAAUUAUUUAUGCGAAUAUUAAGUAUUAGCGCCUAAAAAUAGACAAUAUUUAAUAGUCACCUAUUAAUUCAAACAUCUUAUGUCUCUUAUGAUCGGCAACGUAUUAAACAUUAUAGCGCUAAAAGGAUGCACGUACAAGUAUGUUGCUAUAUCAUAAGUGAUUAGGUAUAAUAUUAAAUAUUCCCAUUAAAUAAUUAUAUAAUACAAAAAAAAAACAAUACAUUAAGUAUUCUAAUCAGUUCCGUGUCAGGAAAAAAAUAAUCGACAUAAUUUCUUAUUUGAUCCAAAUUCGAACGUCUCAUGCCGUUUUUGUAGGAAGUACAAUCGUAGAAUUGAUGUUAAUUCUUUUUUAAGUUCAUAAACGAGAUUAUUUUUCGCCAUUAUCCGUAACACAGCAUUUCUACUGUCUUAUAUGUAAAGAUAU